UGCCAUGACCACGGCCUCGACAAAAGCCAUAUCUCUACCGACGCUGCGCUGCUGUGCUGAAUGUGCUGACUGGACCUCAUCCGCAGCUUUCCGCAUCUCCACCAUCACUGUGAAGAGCAGUGCGUCGCCAGCACGUUCCCCAGCACGCACCAUGGCCGUAUAACACUUAGGGGACCGGGAAGCACCUUUCUCUGCCCAGCUCGACACACCGUCUCGAGUCCUGCACUCCCUCUUGCACUCCCUCCUGCACACGCCCUUGCACACCACUCCCGCUGCCAUGGCCGACGCCCCCGAGUCCGGUCUCCCGCCCACGGCGCAGGCCCCUCGCUCCACAUCCCCUGCGCCUGCAAGUGGCAGACAGCCCGCCCGCAGUCUGCUGUCGUCGCUGCGCCUAGGACACAGUCCCAGCCCCAGCGCCAACGAGACCGAGGCCCUGCACCUGCCCUCGCCGUCCAACGGCGCCCCCCGCAUCAUGCGCUCUGCCCCGACGGGCUCGCCGCUAUCCCUUAAGGAGCCCGCCGAGUUCCCCUUCAACGCCCCCGUCUCGACGUCCAAUGGGGCAAUCGAGAAUGUCGAGGCCGUCGACCACGCCAUGCGGCCGCCCAAGCCCACCUCGCACGCCUCCAAUGGCUCCACGAGCACCUACUACCCGCCCUUUGCGCCCGUGCCCAUACCCGUUGACCCUGCGCCGGCAGCCGACUCGCUCGACAUGCCCCGAGAACGCAAGAGCGUGCAGUUCGCUCGCUCGACGACAUACAACUUCGAGCCGCCCGCCACAGCCUCCCGCCAGCAGUCGUGGGAGACAGAGGACGGCAAGGGCAAGGGCAGGGAGCAGGACAGGCAGGCCGUGUCGCUCAUGGGGAAGCUGAGAGCCCUGGCAUCCCCAACCCCGAGCCACAGCAGAACCCACAGCGCCUUUGGCGGCUCCGUGCCAGGGGACUCCCCACACGGCCCCCUUUCUCCCGCCAUCGAGCGCGACGAGCUCUUCUUCCCCAGCAGCGGCGGUCACGAUAGCGAGGCCGAUGCAGAUGCCGAGUCAAGCGCCGGCGAGGGAGCCUCGCGUCCGGCAAGACGGAGAAAGAAGAGCAGUCGGCGCUGGUUUGACGGCGAGGACGAGGGCAUACAGACGGCUCCAACAACCCCCAAGCAGUCCGGCGGCUACUUCGCCCGCGACUCGCCCAACCUCACACCCACUUCCACCAGCAUGAACCGCCCGACCUUCUUCCGCCGCGGCACCAUGACCGAUAUUCCCGAGAAUGAACGCCAGGGCUACUCCGAAGACGAGGGCCGCUCCCGCAUCGCCAAAGAAAGCGCAUGGUCGCGUGGACUGCACAGUGCACGAGGCCUCUCCUACGGCGGCCUGCGAAGACACGACCCCAACGCCGAAGACCGACCAGGCCACCUGCGUAGAGGCACUGACGGCACGCAGCCCUCGCCAUGGCGCAUGCGCAGUGACCGCACAUCGAGUCUGAGUGCGCAGAAGUGGAAGUCCAUCAAGAACGGCCUCAAGCUUUUGGGCAACCGCGCAAAAGCAGAGCGACAGGUGGAUCAUGCCAAAUCUGCUGAACUCAUGGCCGAGCUCCUGGCUGGAGCGCCUGCUGCCCUGUUCUUAGCCAGCAUGUUUCAGCGCGACGAAAGCGGCCACAAGCGCAUUCCUGUCCUCUUGGAGCAGCUCAAAGUCACUAUCACAGACGCUGAGCAGGUAAAGCAUCAAGAAGGCGACCGACAUACGCCCCUGCGUGUGGAGUUGGAGUACGGGAGCGGACUGACUCGGAUGAAGUGGGUCGUCCAUCGUACUGUGGUCGAUUUUGCCAAUUUGCACGCCAAGUUCAAACUCCAAGAAAAGCAGGACCUCUUUCGACGGAGCACCCCUGUACGGCCCAAGCAGAUGAAAGAGAAGGGUAAAGAAGGCGCUGACGACGUCGAAGAGAGGGAGGAUCCGCGAGCGAAGAUUCCCCGUUUUCCCAGAAGCGCCUUGCCCUACCUUCGAGGUCUCCGAGGUUACGGCAUCUUGGAUGAGGAAGACGAAGAGGAAGAGGAAGACGCUGCUGCUGGAGGCCAUGGCAGUGGGCCUGAUGGCAACGCGAGCGCCGUUGAGCGUCCCGGCCGAGCCAAACGUAACAAAUCGUCGUUUCUGCUCGGCGGUCGCCAACCAAGCAUAGGUAAUCCAGCAGAUGGAGGCGUCAUCGGCCAACUGGCAGCGAGACAGGGCAGUUUUGCGGGAGCCGUAGGCCAACCCAUGCAAACCAGGCAGACCCAUCACGAUCGACAGCGCAAAAAGCUGGAAUACUACCUCAAGAAACUCAUUGCCUACUUGAUCUUCCGUCCAGACAGCAAUCGUCUGUGCAAGUUCUUGGAGUUGUCUGCACUUGGAGUGCGACUGGCAGCUGAAGGGGGCUACCAUGGGAAGGAGGGGCCUAUGAUGAUCAAGUCCUCGAAAGGAGUCGAUGCUCGGAAGAGGUGGACCCCAUCGUCUAUGCAGAACCGGCACGCACCCAAGUGGUUUCUCGUUCGACACAGCUACAUUGUUUGCGUUGAUUCUCCCGAGGAGAUGAACGUAUAUGAUGUGUUCCUCGUCGAUGCAGACUUCAAUAUCGAGUCCAAGUUCGGCAAACUGGGAGACAAGCGAACCAGGAACAUCGCAAGCGAAGCCAAGGGCUCCGUGACAGGCCACCACCAACUCAAGCUCCUCAAUUCGGAGAGGAAGAUGAAGUUGCUGGCCAGGAACGAGAAGAUGCUGCUGCAGUUUGAGGCGUCGAUCAACUUCAUGUCUGAGAACACGUUGUGGUCGCAGCGUCAGCGCUUCGACAGCUUCGCGCCUGUACGCAAGAAGAUCUAUGCGCAGUGGCUGGUUGACGGACGAGACUACAUGUGGAAUGUCUCGCGCGCGAUCAGCAUGGCAAAGGACGUCAUCUAUAUUCACGACUGGUGGCUUAGUCCGGAGCUGUAUUUGCGGCGCCCAGCUGCCAUCAGCCAGAAAUGGAGGCUCGACAGACUGCUCCAACGUAAAGCGCAGGAAGGCGUCAAGAUUUUCGUCAUCAUGUAUCGAAACAUCGGUGCUGCCAUUCCUAUUGACUCCGAGUACUCCAAAUUCUCACUGCUCGACCUCCACCCCAAUGUCUUCGUUCAGCGCUCUCCAAAUCAAAUCCGCCAAAACACAUUCUUCUGGUCGCAUCACGAGAAGAUCUGCGUGAUAGAUCACACCAUCGCCUUUUGUGGCGGUGUCGACUUGUGCUUUGGCCGAUGGGAUACACCACAGCACGCCGUUGUGGAUGACAAGCUGACUGGUUUCGAACUCGACAACGGGCCGAGGGAUGCCGACCACUGCCAGCUCUGGCCUGGUAAAGACUACUCGAACCCCCGAGUUCAGGACUUCUACAGCUUGGACAAACCUUAUGAGGAGAUGUACGAUCGCAGCAAAGUCCCCAGAAUGCCAUGGCACGAUAUCGGAAUGCAGAUUGUCGGCCAGCCCGCGCGAGAUCUGACUCGUCAUUUCGUUCAGCGAUGGAACUACUUGCUCCGCCAACGCAAACCUACCCGCCCCACGCCGUUCCUUCUCCCACCGCCAGACUUCAAUCCGGCUGAUAUUGAGGCCCUCGGUCUGGACGGAACUUGCGAGGUGCAGAUCCUCCGUUCUGCAUGCGCUUGGUCUAUUGGCACGCCCAACAAGGUCGAGCACAGCAUCAUGAACGCGUACGUCCAGAUGAUCGCCACGUCCGAGCACUUUGUGUACAUUGAGAAUCAAUUCUACAUCAGUAGCAGUGAAGUCCUCGGCACGAAGAUUGAGAACAAAAUCAACGACGCUAUCGUCGAUCGCAUUAAGCGCGCUCACGCCAACGAUGAAGACUGGAGAGCAUGCAUCGUCUUACCCCUGAUGCCUGGAUACCAAAACACGGUCGACGAACAGGAAGGCAGCAGUGUCCGCCUGAUUAUGACAUGUCAGUACCACAGUAUCUGCCGUGGAGAGACGUCCAUUUUUGGACGCCUGCGAGCGGUAGGUAUCGAGCCGGAGGACUACAUCCAGUUCUACGCUUUGAGGUCGUGGGGCGAGAUAGGUCCUAAGAAGAUGCUGGUCACAGAACAACUCUACAUCCACGCCAAAAUCAUGGUCGUCGAUGACCGAGUCGCAAUCAUUGGCUCGGCCAACAUCAACGAACGUUCUUUGCUAGGAUCGCGAGAUUCCGAGAUUGCUGCAAUCAUUCGAGACACUGAAGUGCUUGAUUCUUUCAUGGGCGGCCAGCCAUACAAGGUCGGCAAGUUCCCUCAUACCCUCCGCGUGCGUCUCAUGCGCGAGCACUUGGGUAUUGAUGUUGAUGGUAUCUCGGAAGAAGAAUGGAUGAGCCAGAUGUCUGACGCCGAUAGCGCCGGCUUCCAAACUGAAUCAUCAGGACCGUCUUCUCCAACUGGCGAUCGAGUUACGGAGCAGAAGUUGGCAGAGAAUAGCCAUCGUCUGCAAGAUGAAAUACUGGCUCGAUCUGAGGGCAUGCACAGCUUUAACCAUGACUUCGACUGGGCGCAAGAUCAAAACCCUAAUUUGAAGAACACGAAGAAGCCAUCGACAGACACCCGUGUGACAAAUCAGCCAGCCCAUGCGCAGGACCUUCGAGGGGAGGGCCCAGAUCACAUGCUUGAAGUCGAAGCCAAUCGUCCAAGUAUAUCUCGGGGCCGCGACUCAUACGUCGACCCUCAAGGCCACGAAAAGCUGGUGGUUGACGUCGCGCCGGAAGGUCUGCAUGCACCAAAACGCGCCUCAACCGUGAAAUCUCGCCGCCGCAGCGGAACGACUGGCACUAGGACCAGCGCUCACAGCAGUCUCCCCGAAGGCAACCCGACUCUCCCUCCAGCUCGUAUCCCUCGCAUGGACACGACAAAACUAGGCUUGACACAGCUCAGCCAGCUCCCCGCCCUGCCUGUUUCCGACGACACAGAUAUCGGCGGCCCGCCUCUCCAGCGCACCUUUAGCCAGGGUUCGGCAAGCACCAUCAACCCCCUCCUCGCCGACAUGCGCCGCCCCACCGUCACAGACGACUGCAUGCGCGACCCGCUCAACGACUCCUUCUACCUCGACAUCUGGCACCAGGUCGCCGAGAACAACACCAAACUCUUCCGCCACACCUUCCGCUGCAUGCCCGAUAAUGAAGUCCGCACAUGGAAGGAGUACCAGGAGUACGCAGCCUUUUCCGAGCGCUUCGCCAAAUCCCAAGGCGAUGACAAGAGCACGCAACACAGAUCGCAGGACGCACCCGGUAGGACAGGGCCGCCCGGAACGGGCAAGGGCUUCUCCGCCGCCGCCGGCAACGUCGGCAAGCAAUUCGAAGCCUUUGGCGAGAAGUUCAGCGAGAAGCUAGGUCACAGCCCAGACGGGAAUAACCACCACUCGAAGAUCGGCGGCGUGGAGCAAUGGGCUAAGGAUCAGGAGAAACAGGUCCAGGACCAUAAUAAUGCUCAUCCUAACCUGAAGCUAGACACACACACGACGUCGACGAGCAAUGAGCGCUUAUCCCCCCGCCCGGCGGACGACAGUAUAGUCUCACCUAUGAACCCCGACGUUCAGGGACGCACAUAUACCUUCCCCGCUCCACCGCCUAUUCCUAACGACUCACCCCCUGCGUCCGCAAACAACACCGCCCGCCCCCGCCAAGUCACCAUCUCAGAACCCCUAUCCGGACACCCCAACAGUAAUAACACAGCGGGAGUCAACCGCUCAAACACAAAACGCUCCCGCCGCCGCGCAACAACGAAAUCCUCAACCCGCGCUUUCAACGCUACGGACGCGGAUUCUCUGCUGGAUAAAGAAGACGCAAGGAGUCUGAUGGGGCUGGUGCAGGGCCAUUUGGUGGUUUGGCCGUAUGAUUGGUUGGAGACGGAGGAGAGGGGCGGGGGGUGGCUGUAUAAUGUUGAUCAGAUUGCGCCGUUGGAGAUUUAUAAUUGAGCUCUUGAUCGAGGUGGAUGGAUUGUUGGUGGGCUGCUUGUCUUUUUGCGAGGGGGUUGGAUGGGUUGGGUUAGAUUGCGUGAGGAAGUAAGUAAGUGUAGAUGAGAUGUGGUGUGCAUGGAGUGGGUGUAUUCGCAUUGUUUGUACCAUGGGCAUGGCGUGGCGUGGCAUGGAUUGGUGUUUGCAUUUUCGCGGUUACAUUCUUCGUUUCCUUCUUCUCCCUAGAUUAAUGCACCGAGCCAUUUUUUUCGUCGUCGCGUUCUUUGUUUCUUGCACUCUUUUCCUUCCUACCCACUCUA